GGACGCUAGAACGUGCCGCUUGGUUGCCGUGGUAACCGUUGAUUAUUGUCACCUGCUGAAGAUUCUACUGAACCAACUUGUUACCAAAGAGGCGCUAUGGGGCUCAUACUGAGCAGGGCAGCCCAGUGGACCAGCUCCUGCAAACUGGAGUCCGCUCCACUGAACGAGUUUUUAGUGACGCAAGUCCUGAACUACGUGGAGAAUUUCGUUUCCAGGCACCCGCAGGAGGCAGAGCACUUGUUUGAGGAGCCGCUUCAGUGGACCACCACGUUAAAGAAAGUUGAUUUCAAAGAAGACUAUGUCAUCAGUGCCAUAGGUGCAAAGUCUCUUGAAAAAGACAGUGAGGGGAAGCCACUGUUGCAGUAUUUUCCACCUUUUGUUUCUGUUCGUACCAUCAGCCAGCUCUCUAAACUGCUGCAACUGGCAGCUGACAGGAAGCGUCAAGAGCUCCAAGCGUGUCUAGAAGAAAAUAGAGACCUCAUAGCUAAGAUUGUUGGUCAGCGUCUCGUCAACACACCAGAGGAAAACCUCUCAGCUCUGGAGUUAGAUAUCAGAGUCAAGCUGUUUAUCCUGCUCAAACACAUUGAUGAAAAGAUCCUCAACAAGUUUGUUGGAGAAAUAGCAAAACAAGUCAAGCUUUUACCCGCCGCAGUGGAGGAGGAAGUGGAGUUCUUGAAACAGUACUGCACUGAAGGGGGGAAGAGGCUGCUGAAGUCACUAAGAUACACAUCAGACUAUGAAUUUCCAAACGGCUGUCGUGCUCCACCUUGGAGACAGCUACUCGGUGAGAUUUGUUACGUUGUUAUUGAGCCAUGUGACGCUGAGGCCCUGUACAUCACCUGCUGCUCUGCUGGAGUCUUUCUUAAUGCGGGGUUGGACAAAGAAGAAGACGAGAGUCUCUAUGAGAGACAAGGUGAUUUUUAUGAAGACAUGGCAACACUUCUAAAGAGGGUAUCUCCACAUUUUGAAAAGAACGUGAGAAAACAGUAUUUUGUAGAACAGAAACCUCGUAAGAGUAUUCAUGUUGCACACGUGGAUUAUGAAAUAGAAAAAGCCCAACCCAAGACGCCUGAAGAACGAGAAUGGGAGAAAGUACAGCAAGCUCUGUACGCCAGGAAGAAACGUGAACCAUGUCAGAGAUGGAGGAAUCUUGGUGUGCUGAGUAUAUUUGGUUCGGACGAGGAUCUUAUGAUGAGCGCUGCAGAGAAGAAAAGACUGGGAUCCAAAACCAAGGUCACGAUGAAGGUUGGACUCACAGCAGCAUCUUCAAUUGGACUUACAGCUUCCCAGAGGAGGAGAAGCAUAGUAGCAUCCCUCUCAGAGGAGCAUUGCAGCGAGAGCUCCAGUGAAAGUGAGGAGGAAGAGGAGCAGACAGAGCGACGUCCUGACACCAGCACUGAACUGCAGUCUGAAUACUGGCAGGUCCAGAAACUCGUGAAGUACCUCAAGGCAGCCGACCAGACAGCCACUGUGCUUGUUCUCUGCGCCAUGAUGGAUCUUGAUCUAAUGAAGGAGGUCAUCCAACUGGCCAUCCUGGACUUAGGUGGGCUGGAGCUCCUCCUUAACUUGCUGGAUACUACAGACAUCAGAAGCAAAAUUGGAUCUUUAAAAAUCCUGGCAAAGAUCAGCCAGAACGUUAUCAUCCGACAGACCAUUGUAAACAUGCGAGGCCUGCAGAGGAUGGUGAACAACCUGGACUUACCAGUGAAGGAGCUGCAGGCCUUGGCCUCUGAGACCAUUGCACAUGUGGCUAAGUUCAGAAGAGCAAGAAGAACGGUGAGGGUACAUGGAGGAAUCAGAAAACUGGUGAAGAUGCUGGACUGCUUCCAUUACUCGGCAAAACCGGGAGAAGACAUGGAGAAGAAUUUGGAGGUGGCCCGCUGUGGAGCCUCGGCUCUGUGGAGCCUCAGCAAAAGUAGCAAGAACAAAGAGGCCAUUCGUAAAGCUGGGGGGAUCCCUCUGCUGGGACUCCUGCUCAGGUCUCCAUAUGAGAAAAUUGCAAUCCCUGUUGUGGGAACCCUGCAGGAAUGUGCCUCACAGAAAAAUUACAGGGUUGCUAUUCAGAAUGAAGGAAUGGUGAAGGACUUGGUGAAAAACCUGAGCAGUGACAAUGAGGAGCUCCAGAUGCUUUGUGCCAGUGCAAUCUUUAAGUGUGCAGAGGACAAAUUGACCCGGGAUCUGGUCCGCAGCCACCACGGCCUGCAGCCUCUGGUGUCACUGCUCUCUAAAGCAGAGAACAAGCAGCUCCUGGCUGCUGCCACCGGGGCCAUUUGGAAGUGUUCAAUCAGCAUGGAGAACGUAGCUAUCUUCCAGGAGUACAAAGCUCUGCACAUGCUGAUUGGUCUGCUGACUGAUCAGCCUGAAGAGGUCCUGGUCAAUGUAGUGGGAGCUCUGGGACAGUUUGCUCAGAUCCAAGCUAACAAGGCCGCCAUCUGCAACGGUGGGGGCAUAAGGGCUCUCAUUAAUCUGCUCAAUGGAACAAACCAGGCUCUGCUUGUAAAUGUAGCAAAGGCUGUGGGAGCUUGUGCCACAGAAAGGGACAACGUGGCAAUCAUUGACCAGCUUGAUGGAGUCCGCCUGGUUUGGUCACUACUAAAGAAUCCCAAUGCAGAAGUUCAGGCCAGUGCUGCAUGGGCCAUUUGUCCGUGCAUCGAGAAUGCAAAGGACGCCGGGGAAAUGGUUCUCUUCCUGAUCGGUGGACUGAAGCUGAUCAUUCAGUUACUGAAGUCACCAAGCAACGAGGUGCUGACAAGCAUUUGUGCCGUCAUUGCCAAGCUAGCCAAAGACAAGGAGAUCCUGGGCGUCCUCUCUGACCGCGGGGUUGUCCCCCUGCUGGCUGGGCUGACUAACACAACUGAUGACAGACUCCGCUGCCACCUGGCCGAGGCCAUCGGUCACUGCUGCAUGUGGAGCUCCAAUAGGGCAUGCUUUGGUGACCAUGGAGCCGUUGGCCUUCUGGUUUCUUACCUGGAGUCGAACGACAAUUUGCUCCUCCUUAACACAACCAUGGCCCUGUACCAACUGUCCAAAGACCCCAACAACAUCAUCACCAUGCAUGAGGAAGGAGUCGUUGAGCCACUGGUCAAGCUCAUAGCUUCUGGUACCGACGAGAUCCAGGAGUUUGCUGCUGGAUGUGUGCGCAACAUCCGUCUGCUGGUGUUGGCCAAUCAGAGGGCUAUUUAUUGAAACGAGAGCAGCUGAUCUCAGCUGAAGCCCUGGAAAUGCACCAGAGACUGUAGGAAAGGUAUGAGGGUGGUGAGCAGGACGUGAUGAGUCCAGAUGGCCCAAAUGUCGGGAAUCAACAAAGGACAUGAUGCAGAUAAAAAAGUGAAUAAAGUAAAGGACUUUUUGAAAGAAUUAUUUGGAAUCUUGUCAAGUUCAUCUGAGCAAAAUCAACAUUACUGACCUUAUCAUGUGUCCUUUAGAAAGCUAACUACAGACUGUUUUGAAGGGGAAAUAUGAUGUAAAAUCGACUUUUCUGAGCUUCAUGUUAUGCUAUUUCCUUAUCAAAGUGUUGCCUUGAUUCUUUCAUGCAUAUUUGAGAAAUCCUUUAAUCUCCCGUGGCAACCAAUCAGCUGUGCGGAUCAUCUGGCUGGACCUAGCCCCGCCUUCGAGGCGCAGCUCCUUCUCAGAGCUGCAGUUUCCAAGCUUCCCUAACAGCACCAUUCCUCUGUGAGUUCCCUUCAGCUCCUUCAGACUAGCCAGCAGCAAUUAGCAAGCACCUGAUGGAACUGCAUAUCUACUGAACUUAUUACACCAGCUACGUCCGACUCCCCUUAUGAAUGUAUGUGUGUGUAUGUAUAUAUAAACAACUGAGGUUAACAUAGAAACUUGAUUGUGCUGCAAAAUGGCACCAUGUGCCUGAGAAAUACAUAAUAAUACCCCUUUAAAUGUUUCUUUGACAAAAGAGGAAACGUUGCAAAAAGCUGCACAAGUGUUUCAGAUCUGCUCUAUUAGAUAAUCUGAGGAAACUCAUGAAAAGUUUGAUCUGUGUUGAUGAGAGAACUUUUAUUUGUCCUCUUGCUUCUGUUUACCUGGAAACUUUCAUCUUGAGCUUCUUGUUUCUGUCAAUGACAUCAUCACAAGUUCAUCCAAACAAACCCUUCUCUUGCUCUCCUUCAGUCUGGAAGCUAUGAUGAUCAAAAUAAAGAUUAUUUUUGAUGCU